CAAAACGUGCAGCGCUGCAAGGAUACACAAUUAUGAAUACUAUAGGGAGCAAUGGGAGCGUGCAACAGUAUUUCCUGCGUGCAGUUAUGAGGUUUUCUUCAGUGUGCAGAGACUGAUGAACGCUAUCGAGACGCGAUCUUACACAACUAUCUUUACAAUACACAGUCAGAUCAACGGACAUCGCUCACACAUGCAGAUGUGACGGUUCUGCUGUUGGUGCACUAGACUCUACCUGUAAUUUGCAGAUUGUAAUGUGAGCUCAGGUGAAGUCUCAUCGUUUUAUGCUGGAGGAGAGGAGAGAGAUGCUACACUCUGCUGCCAUGACAACAGGACUUAUCUUUGUCACCUGGCUCUUGUAUACCAGCGCACGGGGCAAUCCCAUUGUGUCUGUGCCAGAGGCUGGCGAAAAAGAGCGUUUGGAGCGUGUUCUGACCCAGGCCAAAGAAGGUGCACUGAGCCCAAGUGCAAAGCAAAGUGUGGAGGAGCUUAGUUAUCUUGAACUGGAUGUUAUCAAAGGGGGCAACAGAUCCAGUACUGGUAGGACUCGACCCAACUUGAGCCCCUUGAGACGUGGAUCCAAAAUGCAAGGAAAGCCCCUAGAAGCCUGGGGCGAGCAAGAACCCCUCAAACAAACCGAAGAGGCUCCCACAGAUGAGGUGAACAUCUCCCUGGAUGCUAUUGAUGAGUAUGCAUACCCUGAUUACAGGGGAAAAGGCUGCAUGGAUGAGACAGGGUUUGUGUUUGCCAUCGGGGAGAAAUUUACCCCAGGAUCGUCCACCUGUCCCUGCUUGUGUACAGAUGAAGGCCCUUUGUGCGCCCAGCCUGAGUGUCCAAAACUUCACCCCCGCUGCUUGCGUGUCGACACGAGCCAGUGCUGCCCACAGUGCAAAGAGAAGAAAAACUACUGUGAAUUUCGAGGAAAGAUCUACUCAUCUCUUGAAGAGUUUAAGGUGUCUCCGUGUGAGAAGUGCCGUUGUGAGCCCAGUGGAGAGGUUCUGUGUUCUGUGUCAGCUUGCCCACAGACAGAGUGUGUUGAUCCGGAAUACGAGCCUGACCAGUGCUGCCCUGUGUGUAAAAGUGGGCCAAACUGCUAUGCAGACACGGCGGUGAUCCCUGCUGGCCGAGAGGUUAAAAUCAACGAAUGCACCAUCUGCUACUGCACGUAUGAGGAGGGCACCUGGCGUAUCGAGCGGCAGGCCACCUGCAGUAAAAACGAGUGCCAGCCAAGCUAAGGUGGCGAUGGGGGCGUCGCUCCAAGCGCAGCCUUCACCCAGACAGCUGUGGUCCAUAUCGGCUCAACACGGCAGCUGCGAGACUCACUCGCAGCCAGGACAUCAGCGCUGUGUGGAGUUGCACCAGUCACAACCAUUUGUGACAGCUCAUGACUAUAUGAACUCAGAGUGUCCAAUAGCAUGCAGCGGAUGGGCCAAUUAACCUGGGAACAGGGUCGUGGGCCAGAGUGCAAAAUGCAACAUUCCUCACAUUGUAGUGGAGCCUCUAAGUUUGACAUAGCAUCAUGACAAGUGAAGAGAUUCAUUAGAGUUACAUACGUAUAUAGUCUUAGAAUCAAGAGGCAUGGAGUUAAAUUCAACUAUAUUAGUACUUAAAAUUUUUAUUGAGAUUUAUAAUCCAUAUAUAGGAUAUUUAUUUAUGUAUGUGGUGGUUCGAUGAUUAUGAUUGAAUUCAAAUAUCUGAUUUACAGUAAGAAAUUGAUAUUUUUAUAGCCACUGUAUUUUGAUAUGCUGUUACGUUUCAUACUGGGUCAGACUUGUGUCCACCUUAUUAGAAUGUAUAAUGCACCUACAGCUGUCAAUGUGUCUGGUGGUAAGUUUUUUUUUUUUUGUCAAAGCCAAGAUGACAAGCUGCAGUCAGGAAUCGCACACAGCAUCUAACACAGAAUAGACAACAAAGCAGAAUGGAUUUGGUGUCUGUUUAAUGAAACCUUAAAAAAGGCUGCUUGCAGAUGUUUGCAUUGAUGUAAAGUCUCUAUUGUGCUCUUAAAUGAGGU